CGUAAACAAAAGCAAUCAACAUCCGACAAGGACAAAACUUUUUCAGUGAAAUUCUCGUCUUUGGCGUUGAAUUUCUCUGGACUCCAAAGAGUAUCGCAAGUCAAUUAUAGAUAUGCUAUUAAGUGCCUCUAAGGCAAUAUUUCACAUAGAAAACUUUGGCCCGAAAACGAAAGAGAAAGAAGAAAAUAUGCCGUCAAUAUAUAGCAGUAACAACAUGUUGUCCAGUAAACAGUUGUGUGUUAGUCUGUGUACCGGGCCUCAGCAGUGUUCCUGAUGUUCCCCACGCCGUCAAUGUGUCAUUUAUGACAGAGGGCACCGGUGUGGGGGUUUCGAAAGAGCCCCCUGUCAACGCUAAACGUCUGCUCACAGAUUAUGUGAACGGUUUAGUGGACAUGCAACAUACAGCCUCGAGUGUGUGUGCGAGUUCUAAACUUAAGAUGCGCUUUGAAAUCACUCUGACCGAUAGCAUUGUGGUAGCCUGGGAUACAAUCAUGCUGGGACGGAGUCUCUAUGUGGAGAUUCCUAACGGCAUCCUCCCAGAAGGCUCCAAGGAAAGCUUUGUUACUCUUCUAGAGUACGCGGAAGAACAGCUUAAAUGCCAUCACGUCAUUGUGUGCUUCAAGAAGGAACGCUCAGAUCGAGCAUGCCUCAUCAGAACAUUUAUGUUCCUGGGGUUUGCCGCUGUGAGUCCGGGAAACCCACUGGUCCCAAAUGUGGGUGACCUUUUGUUCAUGGCCUACGAUAUCGAGUAAUCCCGACUGAAGCCUCGUUACUUACCCACUAGAGGCUGUAUGUAGGGUAAAAUAGUAUGUCAGUGAGUUUGUGACUGAACAAUAACUUCAUAACAACAUUAUAACAAAGAUAUGAAUCUGGAUUUUAGAAUCACUACAGGAUAACACACUAGGCUUCCCUAAUAUUAUACUCAUUGCAGCCAAAAAUAUACAGUCUUGUAUAUAGCGAUGUGAUCACUUGAAUGAAACGACUAUUUCUUGAAUAUGGAUUCUACAAGCAGAACAAGAUGAUUAUUU